AAGGCCGGGGGGACGGAUGGGGCCACCGCCUAUAAAUAUCGACUCCACACCUCACCGUCUUUUCUUCAGAGCGGCUUACUGGGACGCCUCUGCUUGCCUCUUUCUCUCUUGAGAUCUUCCACUUUCUUUUCUUUCUCUCCGAUCUCUCUCCCCCGCUUUUCCUUUUCGCAUUUCGCGCGCAUCUGGUGCGCACGGUUGUUGAAAGUUUCAGUCUUCUUGUUAAUAACCCCCUUUAACUCUUUUUUCUUCUCUGUUGCUAGCCCCCUCUUUGAUCGAUUGGUCGAGGCUCGGCUUGUUUUCUUCUGCGGCUAACGGGAACGCUCGGUUUCUUAGCUUCUUCUUCGUCUUCUUUGCGUUGAGUUUGCAUUUUUUUUGUGGUUCUUCGACUCUGGGACUCAAGAUGCCGAGGGAUUUGGUCAUCAAGGUCAAACAUGGGAACACACUCAGGCGGUUUAAUGCAUCUGUUCAUGAAAAUGACACCAUGGACAUGAACUUCGAGGGUUUGAAGACUAAGAUUGCCAGUCUCUUCAACUUCAUCCCUGAAGCAGAUCUAAAUAUCACAUAUAUAGAUGAAGAUGGAGAUGUUGUGACAUUGAUUAACGAUGAUGAUCUUUCUGAUGCGAUCAGGCAGAGGCUUAACCCUUUGCGUUUGGAGGUGACAUUUAACACCCCAAACAUGGGAGGAUCAACUCCGUUAAGGUCACCGAGGCUUCUGCGAGAUCCAUCAUCGGUAAUUGUGUCUGGACUGGGGGAAGCCUUUAAGUCCGUCCCUGAGCCUUUUGCUAAUGCAAUUUCUAGCUUAUCCUCCCAUUUGGCAACCAAAGCAAUAGAAACUGCUCCAAUGAUUAAUGAACUUGUGGAACAUAUCACAAAAAUGGGUCAAAAUCAUGUUCAAACACCUUCUCAGGGAAGAGUUGGUGAACCACAGGCCAAUUCUAAUAUGUCUCCACCUGUAUCUGUUCAAGUUGAUGCUGCAGCAGUUCCUCCUGCUGCCUCUCACGGCAGUGGCACUUUAUCCGGUGCUGGCACCUCAUCCGGUGCAAAAGCAACAGAUGUUAAAGUACAAUCUGAUGUUUCCAAUCUGCAAGCCAAGGCUGUACCACCUGCUGCUGCACCACUUCCUGGUGUUCUUCUAAUGGAUCUUGAUGUGCCACUUCCAGUUGCAUCAAAACCCUGUCCUUCAUCCCAAAUUCUUUUGCCUAAUGACUCCGACUCUCUGAAAAAUAGUGAAAACAAAGAAAGUUUUAGGAAAGUAACAUUUGAAGCAGCUGCAGGAUCUGCAUCCCAGCCAUCUUCUACUGUCUUCCCCGUUUGUCCUUUCAGUGGCAUGAAUUUAGAAGCCGAUCGUUCUCAACCAUCACAGGAUUUCUGUCCAAAUUAUGUACCUCCAGUUCCUAGGGACUUGAUACAAGGCGAUGGCGUGCUGCAGGGGUUCCACAGGGGUGUUAUAUGUGAUGGUUGUGGCAUGCAUCCCAUAGUAGGCCCAAGAUUCAAGUCUAAAGUGAAAGAGGACUAUGAUCUGUGCAGCAUAUGUUAUGCACACAUGGGAAAUGAAGCUGAAUACGCAAGGAUUGAUAGACCUGCCUACCGACCACCACAGUUAUUAAAGGAAUUUUAUAAACAUCAUCCUCGAUUUGGUGGUUUUCCUUGUCAUCAUGGUCAUCAUGGUCGAGGUCAUGGCAUGAAGCACUGCAGACCAAAGCUUGAGAGCCGAUUCAUUCAAGAUGUGACAAUCUUAGAUGGAACUCUCGUUGCGCCAAAUACUCCGUUCACCAAGAUAUGGAGGAUGCGCAAUAGUGGCACAGUGCCAUGGCCUCCACGGACCCACCUUUUAUGGAUUGGUGGGGAUCGGUUUGGAGAUGAUACAUCUGUUGAAUUGGAGAUACCGGAGAAUGGGUUUCCUGUGGACCAAGAACUUGAUGUUGCAGUAGAUUUUGUUGCACCAUCAAGGCCUGGGCGCUAUACUUCAUAUUGGAGAAUGGCAUCUCCUGUUGGCCAGAAGUUUGGACAGCGUGUCUGGGUUCUUAUUCAGGUAGAACCAUUGGAACAGUUUCACCAGAAUAUUGUGCCUGAACUUUCUGGUGCUGCCCCAACCCUGAACCUGCCACCUGAAUAUGAAGGCCAGAAGCAGAAAAGCGUCCAAGAAUUGAUGGAUGUGGACCUUCCGGCCCUGCCACACAAUGAUGUCAAUGGCAUUGAUAUGUCCAGCGUUUCCAUUCCUGUGCAGUCAUCAGAGCUUGGUGCUAGGGUUGAAAUCUCGAAUGGAGCUAACAAGGCUUCUGCAUCCAUCUUAAACACAUCCUCUCCAUCUGCUCCCUUUGUUCCAUACCCUGUUAUAGAUCUAACUGCUGGUUCCUGUGAUGCAAAAGCUUCUGCUGCCGAUAGCAUCGUUGUGCCUGUUUUGGCAGCUGCAAAUGAUGCUAAAGGAGGAAGCAACAUGGAGACCGCAAAUGAUGCUGAAGAGGCUCUCUUGAAGGAGCUGGCAGAUAUGGGUUUCAAGCAGGUAGACCUUAACAAGGAGGUUUUGAGAAGGAACGAGUAUGACUUGCAGCAAUCUUUGGACGAUCUUUGCAGUGCAUCUGAAUGGGAUACCAUUUUGGAGGAGCUUCAGGAGAUGGGUUUUCAUGACAGAGAAACCAACAGGAAGCUGCUGCAGAAGAACGGCGGGAGCAUCAAGCGUGUUGUGAUGGACCUGCUCUCGGGUGAAAAAGUGAAUAGGUCUUCUACAUAAAUAAUCGAGUGGUUCCAGACAUUUGAAUAGCACUAUGUUACAUAAAUAAUGUAGUGCUUCUAGACUCUCGAGUGGUACUAUGCUGGCUACGGGGAUGUUAUAUGAUGCUUGAAAGUGUGGACCUAUGUUCUGUGCGUUUUCUUUUUAUGCGUUUAUGGGAAAUUUUAUCCGCUAAAAAACUUCUCUUUUUUGUUAUGGUUGUUGAAUGUAUGGUGUUACUGUAAGGGAUUUGGGAUCACACGUAUCUCUUUUCUA